AGGGGCUCCUCCACUGCGGGAAAACAGUCUCUUCUGUCCUGGGUUCAGAACAUGAAUCUUCUCUGUGAAGUAGGAGUGGAGACCGUGAUGGAAAUGGAGUGGUCCUUCCGAGGACAAUGUUUGAUUGCUGGCAAAGGUAUGCUCAGUGUCAUGACCACGGGGAAACUGAGGAAGUGACUCAGCCACCAAACGGGUGGGCGGGCCCCACUGUCAGCAUCUGUGCUACCUGCCAAAAGAGCCGCAGCUAGAAACAGCCCUGGAGUUCAAGCUGGGCUGCUGCAACCACUAAGUGCCUCUCCCUUCCCGAGGAGGAAAGAGGCUCUUGCAGACCCUCUGGGUUUACUCACCAGUUCACUGCUUGAAGGCCACCGCGGGAGGGAGAACCUGCAGCAGCAAUUCAGAGGUCACAAGCCAUGGGGAGGAACGCUGAGCCUUUGAGCCCGCUGUGCCGGUGGUACAUCUAUGCCAUCCAUGGCUACUUCGCGGAAGUGAUGUUCACGGCCACGUGGGACUUCGUUGUGGACCGGGACUGGAGGUUCCAGGGGGUCACCAGCGUGUGGGCCCUUUUCAUCUACGGCACUUUCGGCACGAUCUUAGAACAUCUUUACCUCCUGCUGAUGAGCCGCUGUAAUCUCCUGGUCCGGGGCCUCCUCUACACCGCUUGCAUCUACCUCUGGGAGUUCAGCACGGGCUACAUCCUCCGCUGCUUCAAUGCCUGCCCCUGGGACUACAGCGGGUUCCGGUUCAACUUCAUGGGUCUCAUCACCUUGGAGUAUUGUCCCUUCUGGUUUGUGGGGUCCCUCCUGCUGGAGAGGGUGGUCGUCUACAACACGCUGCGUCUCAGGCUGGAUGAGACCUGGAAACCCAAAGAGCACCCUUUACCCAGAAAUGAACUAAAAGAUGACUGAUCUGAGGAGGGGAGCGGAGGGGAGGGAGUGAGGAGAGGACUAGGAUCCGCUGCCUUCCCCUGCCAGUGCCCGUCCCACCUUUCUUUGGACUCUUUUCACAAGGCUUAGGAGCUGGGAAUGUCUUCCUGUCUCAUUCAGCCGGCACAGGAUAGCGGCCUUUGUCCUGUGCGGAGGAGAGUUGGAGUUGGAAUUCUCCCCACUGAUCCCAAAGCAAACUGGAUAAUCUCUCAGCCUAGCCUACCUCACAAGGUUGCUGUGAGGGUUAUAUAGGGGGAAGCCCUGUAUGCGCCAGCCUGAGCUCUGCAGAGGAAGGCUGGGAAUCAAAAGUGAUGAUUAUUAUGAAAAAGAAACUUAUUAUAGCUUCUAGCAACCUCUGGGGAAACAGGUGCUCGAUUAGGAUCUAUUCUGCAAUAUGGUGGAGUUCCAGUUUCCUACUGGGCAUGGUCUUAGAACGUCUUUGCUUCCUGUUGAGGAGCCGGUGUAACAUUCUGGUCUUUGUUAGAGGCAAGCUCGCCAAUUUUAAUUCUUCGGUACUUACUCUUCCUGUUUAGCAACAGCUGGAUUCCCUCCUACCUGCAUGAAAUGUAGGAAGACUCUCUAAUUAAAUGGGAGCAUCCUUAGGACACCACGUUCGUUCUGAGCAUAGCUCAGGGGCUCCCUCCUUAAAAACGGAUCAAAGAAAACCUCCACUGAUCUGGUUCAAAGGUCGAACUGUGGGAUGGCUGUGGGCAGAGCCCCCCAGUGGAUGCUUCACCCACGAUUACUACAGGGAAGGGGGCAGAACUGAGCUUUGCAUUUCCUCCUCCUCUUUUGGGACUGUUAACAGGGUUUUUUUCCUUUUCCAGCAGAACCACAUUUUAGCAUUUACAGCCAAGCUGGAGCUCUAACUUUGGAUUUCCUACAUUGAGCAAAAGUGGGGUCACACUCGAUAGUCUCGAAUGCUGCUUCGGCCCCUAGGAGUCUAUGGCUAACGACAGCCGUCCAUGAGGCUGUUAGGGUGAUCCGUCUCCCAAAUAAAGAGAGCCACGCCUUGCUUCCUAACAGUCUCACAACCCAAAUGAGUAGCAACAAAGUAAACAACGUCCGUCUCCUCCCCCACUUUUGUUUUAUUUUUUCAGCUGCACAGCAAACAUGUUUAUUCAUUUAUCUAUUCAUCCAGCUCAUUUUUUAAAAGGGAGACAUAGUCUAUUAAAAAUGUAAAAACUGCGCUACGGAGGAUUCAUGGUGACAUCACAGGUGCCAGCUAAUGAGCUCCAUGCAAAGAUAGCAUCCACAGAGGAAAGGCAUGUCUGGAAUCAACAUGUUGAGGGCCCUGGCCAAGCCACCCCCGGCAGAGCUUUCUUGUGGCCUUUGCUUGCAUCUCUAGCCAAUGUGGGAAGCUGGGGCUGGAGCCAGGAGAGAGUGACCCCCCACAUGCCUUCACGAUUGAUAUGGAGGGAUUUAUUGCGGCAGACGCUGGGGAGUGGGGGUGAGGAUCCUGGAAAGACCCUUCAUUCAGAACCCGGGGGUCUGGACCACAGCUGCUGUCCCCUGCACACACCAGCAGAAAACUCUCUCACCCUGCCAAAUCUGCCCCCAGACCGGCUCUAGCCCCUGCCUCCCCCAACUGAUCACCAGAGUCUCUGGUGUGAAGAGUAGGAUCUUUAGAAGGGUUACGUGUCAAACAGAUAUCAUAGAAUCAUAGGGUUGGAAGGGACCUCCAGGGUCAUCUAGUCCAACCCCCCUGCACAAUGCAGGCAAUUCACAACUACCUCCCCUCUACACCCCCAGGGACCCCUACUCUAUGCCCAGAAGAUGGCAAAACACCACCAGGAUCCUUAUCCAAACUGGCCUGGGGAAAAUUGCUACUUAACCCCAAAGUGGCGAUUGGCAUUACUCUGGGCGUGUAAGAAGGGGCCAGGAGAUGUAGCCCCCUCUAAAUUUUAAUCUU